CUGCUCCGCUCGACGGGUUGAGUGCGCCAACCCCUUCCAUACGAUCUCCAAAUGCCUCCAUUACCGCUCGUUUCGAGCCUUCUUCUGCUGCUCGCUAUCUUAUCGUCGCCUUCCUCCGCUGCCGCAGCGGCAGCUAAAGGGAGAGAUGGCGCCGCCUCGAGCAUGCCGAGGUUCCGCGAGGCACCGCAGUUCUACAACUCCCCGUCGUGCCCGCCGCCCCUGCCGACCGGGCCCGGCGCUGCCUGCUCUCCCAACACGCUGGUUCACGUCGCCAUGACCCUCGACGUGGCCUACCUCCGCGGGUCCAUGGCCGCAAUCCUCUCCGUCCUCCAGCACACCGCCUGCCCACAGUCGGUCUUCUUUCACUUCGUGGCCUCCUCUGCCGCAGGCUACCUCGACGCCACCAUCGCCGACGCCUUCCCCUCCCUCGCCUUCCAGAUCUACCCCUUCGCCGACGAGCAGCGAGUUGCAGGGCUCAUCUCCACCUCCAUCCGAGCGGCGCUCGACCGGCCCCUCAACUAUGCGCGCUCCUACCUCGCCCGCCUCCUCCCGGAGUGCGCCCGCCGGGUCGUCUACCUCGACUCCGACCUCGUUCUCGUCGACGACAUCGCCGGCUUAGCCUCCACCCCGAUCCCCGACGGCCUCGCCCUCGCCGCCCCGGAGUACUGCAACGCCAACUUCACCUCCUAUUUCACCCCCACCUUCUGGGCCAAUCCGGCGCUCUCCGUGGCCUUCGAGGGCCGGCGCGCCUGCUACUUCAACACCGGCGUCAUGGUAAUGGAGCUAGGCCGGUGGCGGGACGGCGGGUACACGGAGAAGAUCGAGGAAUGGAUGGAGCUCCAGAAGCGGAUGCGGAUCUACGAGCUUGGCUCGCUCCCGCCGUUCCUGCUGGUCUUCGCCGGUCGGAUCGCAGCGGUGGAGCACCGGUGGAACCAGCACGGCCUUGGCGGCGACAACUACCGCGGUCUGUGCCGCAACCUCCAUCCGGGGCCGGUGAGCCUGCUGCAUUGGAGCGGUAAGGGCAAGCCAUGGGCGCGCCUGGACGCAGGACGGCCGUGCCCGCUAGACGCCCUCUGGGCGCCAUAUGACCUCCUCCUCCGCGCCUCCUUCACCAUCAACGACUCCUGAUCCAAUCCAAAUCCGCCAUGACCGGCCUCUUCCACCUCACUUUGACUCUAUUCUUCCUGUUCUUUCACUCUAAAGGCUCUUUUACCAACUGUAGAGUACGUAAGGAGUAAGAGGAAGCCACAGUAAAGAUGCAAUGAAAUUUUGGAUCUCAUAUGUUUCGAAAGGAAAGAAGAUGGGGGGUGUAUAUAAUAAACGCAAGAUAUAAAAUACUUGUUCUCUAAGA